AGCCGCUCGGCUGACGACAGGAAGCCCCAUGAGAUGUUGAGCAAAGUUUCUUUCCCGCAGGCCGCAAGACGUUCUCAGCGCAAAUGAGCAGCUGAAGACCAUCGUUCAUGGAUCUAAAUGGCGCGUCUGGAAGAUCGUCACUAUCCCGACAUCGUGCCAGCUGACUCGCGGUCGUCCGUUUCCCCUUUGGUCGACGGGACGAACUCGACGACGGCGCCCGAUCCCCGGCAGCCUUGCGUGGAUUACGACGCGCUGCGGCGCCCCCUCGCGGUGCUUUACUCCCUCAUCUUUGCUCUGGGUCUGCUUGGGAAUCUGGUGGCUCUAUGGGCUUUGUUCCUCGCGCGCUCCAAGCGGAACUCGGUGCGAGUGUUCCUCAUCAACGUGGCGUUCGCCGACCUCCUCCUGGCGGUCUGUCUGCCGUUCAGGAUUCUCUACCACGGCCGAGGGAACGUCUGGACCUUGGGGCCCACGCUGUGCAACGUGGUGGGCAACUUCUUCUACAUGAACAUGUACAUCAGCAUCAUUCUGCUGGGGCUGAUCAGCGUGGAUCGCUACUUGAAGAUCCACCGGGGAACUCGGACAAAGAGCGGGCUGCGCUCCGCCAGGUGGAGCGCCGUCAUCUGUGCGGCCAUCUGGAUCGCCGCCUUUGGCUUGGCUUCAGCCUUCUUCCUGCCCGAGACGCCAUCGCAAGUGAACAGGUGUUUCCACUACAAACAGCUCCACGGGGCCAAGUGGAAAGCGUACGUCAACAUCUGCAUGCUGGUGCUCUUCUGGCUGGUGUUCAUCUCCCUGGUGGUGUCCUACGUGAAGAUCGCCCUCAAGCUCCUCAGGACAUCUCAGGAUAAACCGGACCUGCCCAACGCUCGCCGCUAUUCGAGAACCGCACGGAAGUCGUUCUUCAUCCUGUUCCUCUUCACCGUCUGUUUCGUCCCCUAUCACGUGAUUAGGGUGUUCUACAUCAAGACCCAGAUUACAGACACUUCCUGCUUCUGGAAGGGCGUGGCCGACAAGGCCAACGAAUUGGCCUUGCUCUUUUCGGCUCUGAACGCCUGCCUGGAUCCCGUUCUUUUCUUCCUCUUAUCGUCUUCUGUGAGGAAGGAGGUGCGGCGCUUGACGGGCAACGCGUUUCGCGGACGAGAUACUCCAGUGGGAGUUAGCGGGAGCAGCUCCACGGCGGAACCGGACGGGAGGACGGGAAGGCCGGACAGAGGGCGAGCGAACGUCCCGGCGGCUUUGAGAUAAAGGAUUUGCUGACCUUAUUUGUGGCGUGCUGCUAGUUCGACAGCUGGCGCUCCCAACCGGGCGGGGCGAGGAAACAUUUCACAAGGACGUGAAAGACUCCAAGUGGGAGAUUUCCUUCUCGGCAGCAGCGGCGACUGCGGCAAUAAAGACUCGAGUGAUGACGCCGUUCGCCGCCCGUGGAAAGAACCACAACGGAGAUCCAAAAGCAGACCGUUUUCGUCCAUUAGUCGCUGAGACGUCAAAGCCCAGCUGGGAUCGUCACAAGCGCCGCGUGAACUUUUGCAGACACGAAAGGGUGCCGUUCAGCCCUCGGAAGACGGAACGUUCGCGCAUUUGGAGCUGGGAAGUGCGUGCUCGUUUCCCGAUUUGGCUUCGAGCAGUCGUGUUGGUUUUUUUCAGUCUGAAACGGCAAAACGUGACGCUGGAACAGCUGCGCCCCCUACAGGCACGUACAUACAACUACUUUUGCAUCCAACGAUGAAGAGGGCCUUCCAAAUGAGAUGGAUUCAAGCGCAAGAUGAGCAGUAAGUACAUUCUUGUUCAGCUCGAUUGCAUGCAAUGUCUCUGCGAAGCGAAGGAUGCGUCCGCGCGCUUUUAUUUUGCUUUGCGCGGGCCGAUGAGUUCUGCCGCUCGUGCCCACGUGUCCGAAGCGGCACGAGUGUGAGUGAGGAUUAUUUUGCCGGCAAAAACCGGAUAAGCAGAGGAGCC